UGUUCACGAGCCACGGACACUUUACUCGAGCGUGGACGUGUUUCUACAACUUGUCCGCGUGUCGCACGUGUAGGAAAAUGUCUCUUUGAACCGCGGUCGUCCCCGCGUCACAGCUGAUUUCCACACAACCGGUUCCAGUGGCUCAACCGUCCCGACACGGCGACAACAGCCCAGUGCAGCUGCUCCGGACAGAUCGGCCGACAUUCAGAAACGGUGACUUGGCUAAAGAUCAGCUGGUAGACGUCUUAUUUUCACCUGCCAAUGUGAAGAUAUAUUCCAGACAUUUUCACCAGCGCUGACCUUGAGUUCUUCACCCCGGCUCCUUCCUGUCCAAACCCAAGAUGCCCACCUCUAUGCCUCCCAUCUUCAGUAUGUAUGAGAUUGUCCCGGUGGCCCCGGGGGAGCCCCAGAUGAGUGGGGCAUCAAGAAGGAAGAUGAGGGCUAAUGAGAGCCGGCCCCUGGUGUUGGCGGGGAUGUUGGGCUGUGCUCUGGUGCUGGCUGCUGUGGUUGCUUGGUGCUACUACUCUGCGUCUCUCCGUAAAGCCCAGCUGUUGAAGACAGAGUUAUUGGACCUCAACAAGGACGGUUUCAUCAUUCGUAACGAUGGAGGGGCUGUCAUCUUCACCAUGACCUUCAGGUCCGGCACCCUGGAUCUGGACUCCUGCUCGAAGGAGAAAAAUAUUUUGAGCUGCACUCAAUCCGAUUCUGGCAAACUCAACUUCUUUAUUGAGACAGUGCAGCUAAAGGACACAGUGAUGUGUUACCGCGUCCGCUGGGAGGAGCUUCAAGAAAAGCGUUUGGUGGAGCACGCCAUGGCCUAUAAUGAUUCCCAUUGGUACGGCGGGGCAGAGAUGGCCACGCAGUACUGGCCUAUCAGGUUCCAGGGGGAGGAGGAUCCGCUGCCUUUCAUCACCAGUGAUGUCUACUCCAAUCGGAACGCCUUUGGGGGAAUCCUAGAACGCUAUUGGCUGUCGUCGAAUGCAACUGCGAUCAAGAUCAAUGACUCAGUGCCAUUUCAUUUGGGCUGGUCAGAGAAGGACAGCAUGCUCAGGUUCCAGGCCCGGUACCAGGACUCUCCCUUCAAACCAGCAGAGGGAAAGCAAGCCUUACCUGAACUCAGCUAUAGAGUGUGUGUGGGGUCAGAUGUUACAUCUAUUCACAAAUACAUGGUGCGUCGCUAUUUCCCAAAGCCUAUCAAGGUCCCAUCUACUGAAGUGUUCAAACAUCCAGUGUGGUCCACAUGGGCUCUCCACAAAACAUCUGUAACUCAGGAGAAGCUGCUGAGCUACGCCUCUGACAUCACCAAUUACGGCUUCAACUGCUCCCAUCUGGAACUGGACGACCGCUACACUGCCGACUAUGGAGAGUUUGACUUUGACCCGCAGAAGUUCCCCAAUGCCAGCGGUAUGUUUGAGAAGCUGAGAGAGGACGGGUUUGAGGUGUCGCUCUGGACACAUCCUUUCAUCAACUAUGACUCCAUUAACUUCGGUGUUGCUGUGGAGAAGGGGCUGUUUGUCCGGGAGCCGAACGGCGAGCUGCCGGCUCUGGUACGCUGGUGGAACGGCAUCGGUGGAAUCUUGGACUUUACAAAUCCAGAAGCUCGUGACUGGUACUUGUCUAAUCUACGCAUGCUUAAAACCCACUACGACGUGACCUCCUUCAAGUUCGAUGCAGGAGAGACAAGCUACCUCCCCCAGCAGUUUAGCACCCUGGUCCCACUCUCUGAUCCCUCCACCUUCACCCGUCGCUACACAGAGAUGGCCAUCCCCUUCAGUGAGCGCGCCGAGCUGAGGGUGGGUUACCAGAGUCAGAACAUCUCCUGCUUCUUCAGGAUCAUUGACAGAGACUCCGUGUGGGGCUACGAGCUCGGUCUCAAGUCCAUCAUCCCAACUGUACUGACAAUUAGCAUUCUGGGCUACCAGUUUGUCUUACCUGAUAUGAUCGGAGGAAACGCAUACCCCAAUCGCACCACAGGUGGUUCAGAUGGCAAACAGGAUCUGCCAGACAGAGAGCUGUACAUCCGGUGGCUGGAGCUGUCAGCUUUUAUGCCUGCCAUGCAGUUCUCUAUACCACCCUGGGCCUAUGACAAUGAGGUGGUUCGGAUAGCGCAGAAGUUCACGGAGCUCCACGAGACUCUGGUGGCACCAAGGGUUCUGGAACUGGCAGGUGAGGUUCUCGACACAGGAGACCCGAUCAUAAGACCUCUUUGGUGGAUCGCCACUAAUGACGAGGCAGCCUAUAAGAUCGACUCCCAGUUUCUCAUCGGGGAUGACCUGAUGGUGGCUCCGGUGUUGGAGCCAGGCAAGCAGGAGAGGGACAUCUAUCUGCCAGCAGGACGCUGGAGAAGCUACAAGGGGGAACAUUUUGAUAAAGGCCCCAUUCACCUCACUGACUACCCUGUGGACCUGGAUGAGGUAGCUUUCUUUACAUGGGUUCACUGAAGACGUUAAACAUGAAAGACACAUAAACUCAUAAACGCACAUGCAUUUUGUAUGAUCAUCUACAUUCUUUUGUGUGCACAUAUGCCAGGAAAUAGUCAAAAAUGUUGAUUUUCAAAAGGGAAAAGACUACCUGGGAUCUGUUUCCACAGCAGAGAGUUUUUUGUUAACGAUUAACUUCAUGUCUUCUCCGACCUGGGGCCUUGUUAAUAACCAUCGCGUACGCAUCUUUCAGAGCCUAUUUUGUGUGUACGCCACUUUUCGAGCAAACGUCAGUUGUGCAUGUGCACAGUUAUAUAAAUCUGAAUAUUAUUUUGCGUACGCCAUUUUCGGCCUUUGUGCGCACAUACAAGAUUAGUAUGUAUCCUAACUACUGUUUUAAACAAGGCCCCCUGCUCUUUAUCUGGACUUCUGUCUGCGGAUUAGAGAAACAGAAACAUCUUUCACUUCUGAUUCUCUCGUUCCAUCCUUAAGCUGAUCCUCAUCGUUAUGUGCCUUGCACAACCAAUAAUAAAACCGAUCUUAGAUUGUACCAUCAACCAGACAGCAGUCUUCCACCUGAAGGACACCUAGAUAACAGUCUGUCCUUCACAGCCUGAGUCACAUGACUAAAUAAGUAUUUGUUUUAGGGUAAACAUUGGGUUUAUCUUGUUCUCUGUGAAUUUUAUUUCUUAAUUAUGCUUCGACAGGUUUUUCACUGAAUUGGUUUUAAAAACGCACUGGAGUUGGACAGAUGCCUAAACUUGUGUCACCAUGGAAACUGCUGUAUUUUGAUUUUACGGGUACUGCCUGUUAAGCUAACAUGCACUAUUUAACUUUAGUUAAAAUUAUUCAUAUAACUUAUAAAUUUGCAUUUAACAAUCAUUUAACAAUUAAUGUGUUUCUGUAUUUAAAUGCGGGGUUACAGAGGUUUGUUUUUACGUCAUCAGUCCCUGACCUGUUGUGCCAAUCUGUCGUUUCAGUGCCAAAUCUAAAAAAAACUACUGGUUCAUGCUUUUCAUCAAUUUUUAUAGCUCAGGGUAGAUUUUAAAGAGAAUUUUAAAGGUUUGUUUUAAUAUGAAUUAACUUUGUUGAUCCGCAGCAAGAAACUGAUUCAUAUUCAACUGCUACUGGUUUGCCUUGUAAAACAAGUAUUGUUCUCAAAGAUGCGAUAUUUUCUUGUGCCGUCCACGUCUGCCUUGCGACUUUAAUUUGCCUUAUCAGCUGAAUUUGAAUAUGCCGGCCGUCGCACACAGAACCAAUGAGGAAACAAAUCACACACUUCAGCACACAGUGAUAUGCUGAUGCACUGCACCUUUAUGUUUUUAAGUAGUGACACUGUGAAUGAGAUAUCUGCCAUAUGAAUAUAAUGUUUGUCCUUCUUAGCUUACACAGUGAUUAUUAGAGUAAAGCACACAACUGGUUAAGUCAUCUAAUAGCUGUUCUUGAAAAUAAUUCUACCAUAUAAGAUGGAGUCAGCACUGGUUUUAAAUGUUAAACUUACUAACUAUAUAAAUGUGAUGGGACUACAGCACGCUUCAUGUGUUUUUUAUUGUUUUUGUUUGAUGACAGUCCUGAUGCUUUGUGGGUUUCUUCCAUCCUUGUUCCAACCACAAGGUGGAGCCAACGUCAAAAAUAUUCAAAGCUCAUACACAGCAACAUCAGUAAAUGCAAAACUUUGAUUAACAUCAGUCUGAUGUGUUUGUGGGAGACAUUUAUAGAGACUAAUUUAACUUCUGUAAGACGAUACCACAAUGUUUCACAUGUGACUAAUGUGAAAGGUCGAUAUGCACCGAUAAGCAUCAUUUAAAGGGAUUUGGAAAGUUAAAUGAAUGAUAAGUUGGAGAUGGGAAAUCCAUCCAUGUGUUACCACCGUCACUCAAGUGGUCGGGUUAAUGUUUUGUGCAGCUAUGAAAGAUAACGUGCUACCUUAUGAAAUUAGACGCCAGAGAAAACAAAAAGAUUUUAAGUAUCUUUUGAAAUGGGUUCUAAAAGGGUCCAAUAAAUGCGUUGGCCUAAAGUACAUCACAAAACGGAAGUCCGAUGUUUCCACAUGACAACAACAUUACGUUCCAUUUCAACAUUUGAUUGUUCAAUGAAUGCAUCCGUGUCAAGCAACUGUGCGAUUCCCACGGUACUUGUUUUAUCUUCAGAUUGUAUUCACAUGUGGACUGUUGGAUUCUCAGUGUGCUAGGACCCUACUGUGCACCACACCGCCUGAUUUUUCUUUUAUUUGCACUUGUAAAAAGAAACAUGAAGAAAUAAGUUAUUCUGCAAAUUCAUCCAGCUUCGUCCCUGAUCCAGAUGAAACCAAAUCCUUGUUUGUCUUUGAGUGUGUUAAAGUAACCGAAAGCAUUAAGCCAAGAGGACGACAUUGUGUUGUAAUAACCAUAAACUAUGGUGUUAUUAUUGUGUCACGUCCUGUUCCGUCUUUCAUAACAAAUCAGUUUUGGCUGUAAAUCCUGAUGUGAAACGCAGAGCUCGAGGAAUAAAACGACUCCUUGGACGAUG